AUGUACUUCCAGUCGCCUGUUUCCACAAGCACCGUCCAUGAACUUCUCUUCGCCGACAUCUGCGCCCUUAACGCCUCCCUGGAAAUGGACAUGCAAAGAUGCAUGGACCUCUUGGGCACCGCCUGCGAUAACUGCGGCCUAGUCCUCAACACGGAGAAUACGGUGGUUGUGCAUCAAAUUACGCCCAGCACUGCCUCCAACGCACCCCAAAUCAACGUGAACGGCGCCCUCUUCGAAGCCAUGGACAACUGCACAUACGUGGCUGCACUCUCAUUCUCCACACCAAUAUCGUUGAUGAACUGA